UGUUUGUUUGUUGAGACGGACGUUCUCACUUCCGAUUGUCCCGUUUUGAGCGUGUCUUGGUGCGACUUGGAGCGUGUUUGGCCGCUGCUGUCUGGCUGGGUGCUGCUUCUCCAGUACAGCGUCUGCGUUUAGAGAAGGGAAAUACUUGAAGCUGUUUAGAACUUCGGUUUCAACAAAUACACUCAUUUUUCCUGAAAUACUAGAUUAGAGUCUAUGUGCUGUAACAAAACAGGCCAGUGUGUGUGACCGAGUGUAACAAAAUGUGUGAAAUUGCUCGUGUAGUAGGCCGUGUUGGCACUGAAGUAACACGUUUUGGCUACUCUAUCUGCACAUAAUCACUUUAUAACCACACACAUCUUCGACUGACUUGAUACUGUGUGUGGCACUGGUGGCAGAAAUAACUGUAACUGUUGCUCAGUAGGUCUUUAUAUGCAUAGAAUUUUUGCUGAGUACAUGAUUAUUGAGGUUUUUUGAUUUUUUGUUUUGGUAGGUGUAAGUUCUACCUCAAGUAGAUUUAAAGGUACAGGCCUUCUGCAUAUCUUAAACCAGAUUUGAAAUCACUUCAGUAGUUUGUUUCCUUCAUAAGGCAAUACAAUUGUGGAUGUUGAACACACAUAAAAGAUCAUCAGAACCGUGUAGAAUUCGCGUUUGAUUUGAGCUCGUGAGAGUGCUCAUCAUGGAGAAACAGCAAAUUGUCUUGGCUAGCCAGGAUGGCGGGACUGUGUCUGGUGCAGCACCUGCUUUUUUUGUCAUCUUGAAACAACAGCAGGGAAAUGGAAAAGCUGACCAAGGAAUCCUAGUAGCAAACCGCGAUGCUUGUGCUCUCGCCAACAGUGUAUCAACUCCAGUAAAACCCAGAGUCAAGACCUGCCUCCCAGCUGACUGUGUCUCAGGGGGCAUUACUGUCACGCUGGAUAACAACAGCAUGUGGAAUGAAUUCUACCAUCGCAACACAGAGAUGAUUCUGACGAAGCAAGGGAGGCGCAUGUUCCCGUAUUGCCGAUACUGGAUUACAGGUCUGAAUUCCAGUCAGAAGUACAUCCUAGUCAUGGACAUAUCCCCUGUGGAUAAUCACCGAUACAAAUGGAAUGGCCGUUGGUGGGAGCCCAGUGGGAAGGCAGAACCACAUGUUCUUGGGCGAGUGUUUAUUCAUCCAGAAUCACCUUCCACUGGCCAGUUCUGGAUGCACCAGCCGGUGUCCUUCUACAAACUUAAACUUACCAACAAUACCCUGGACCAGGAGGGUCACAUAAUCUUGCAUUCUAUGCACCGUUAUCUGCCACGACUUCACUUGGUGCCUGCAAACAAAGCCACAGAAGUAAUUCAACUUAAUGGCCCUGAUGUCCAUACAUUUACCUUUCCACAGACAGAAUUCUUCGCAGUUACAGCCUACCAGAACAUCCAGAUUACCCAGCUGAAAAUAGAUUACAAUCCAUUUGCUAAAGGAUUCAGAGAUGAUGGGUUGAAUAGUCGACCUCAGCGUGAUGUGAAACAGAACAGUAACUUGGAAUUGGAGGGAGGUGACGUUUUUAGUGCUGCUGGCAUUUGUGGUCGCCCUGCUGAAGUUGAUGCAUUAGAAGUGCAUCAGAGAAGUUUAGAUUCUUCGCUGAUUGUUCAAAACCCAUCAGACAUCAAGCUUAACAAAGAGUCCUUUAAUGAACAAGGAGACUUUCUGGGUCUCCUGGACACUGACCUGUCUUCAGGUGUUAUGCCAAACCUAAAACAAGAAGUCUCUGAAAGUCCCAUUGCUAGCAGUUAUGAAAGCACUUCUCGUGUGGCAUCUCCGUUGGACCCAAACGGACACUUUAAUGUAGUCAUUAAAGAGGAACCAGCAGAUGACUAUGACUAUGAGUCAAAUAUUUGCAUACAAGGUAUAACUGUGAAACAGGAAGACACGGAUGAAGAAACUGAUGAGUAUUCCAACACUGAUGAUGAUGAUCCCAUUGUACAGAAACACCUAAUGAGACGCCGUGAAACAGAUGGAACUGAUGGAGAAUUCAGGUCUAGGAAGCGUAUGCUGACCAGUCCUUCAGGUGUUGCCAAAGCAAAAAUGUUAAAACUGGAUAGUGGUAAGAUGCCUGUGGUCUAUUUAGAACCUUGUGCAGUCACAAAGAGCACAGUGAAGAUAUCUGAGUUGCCACAGACCAUGCUUUCCUCUUGCAAGAAGGAUAAGUCCCCUUUGAGUGCAAUCCUGGAUUCUUUGCCUGUGUGUUUUGAAAAUCACAAAGACUCUUACUCAGGCACUGUCACUGAGGAGUUAGUUACAAAAAAAGAAUCUCCUGGGAGUAAAAUGUCACAGAAAUACUCUUCAAUUGGAGAGGCCCAGUGGACUCUAUCCAAAUCACCUAAUCUUAAUCUCAGGGGCUCAGUAAAUUGUGACUUUUCAGACAAAGAGAUCUGUAGCAGAAGAAGGCCUGGUAUACUGAAAAAUCCUAUGUCCAUCAAAGGCUCUGGUAACAAUCAAAGCACCCUAUCAUCAGUUACAACUAAAAGAGGAAGGCCACGCAAACUGAAAAUUUCCAAGGCUGGUCGACCACCUAAAGGUAUAGGGAAAACUGUAAUAACAAGCAAGAACACCUCUCUUGGGCCUGGGAAUAUCCUUCCAGAUGUUAAACCAGACCUUGAAGAUGUUGACGGUGUCCUUUUUGUGUCCUUUGCAUCAAAGGAAGCUCUUGACAUUAACACUGUUGAUAGAGCUGGAGGAGAAGAGUCACAGAAUCUUCAGGCUCCUCUGUUGACUACAAGUGAUCCAGAUUGUCAAGCAAGAAUACAUGUGCUGGAAAAGGAAUUGAUGGAAGAGCUGAAGACGUUGAGGCAUAAGCAAGUAAUACAUCCUAGUCUUCAGGAAGUGGGAUUGAAGUUGAAUUCUGUGGACCCAACAAUGAGCAUCGACUUGAAAUAUUUGGGUGUGCAGCUUCCUCUUUCCUACUCAAAUUACUCUUUGUGGAGCUAUCCAGGAACCAAUCCCAAUUCUCCAGAUACUGGAUUUCCUUUUGUUUCCAGGACAGGAAAAACAAAUGAUUUCACAAAAAUCAAAGGCUGGCGAGGGAAGCUUCAUGGUGCUUCUAGAAAUGAAGGUGGCAGUUCGGAAGGUUCAUUGAAGAAUCGCUCAGCGUUCUGUAGUGACAAGCUGGAUGAGUAUCUGGAAAAUGAAGGGAAAUUGAUGGAAACAAGUAUGGGGUUCUCUUCUAACACUCCCACUUCUCCUGUGGUGUAUCAGCUUCCCACUAAGAGCACUAGCUAUGUGCGAACACUCGACAGUGUUUUAAAGAAGCAGUCCACUGUAAUUCCAUCAACAUCUUUCACAUUCAAACCUGUUCCUCCAUCAUCUACCUCUAGGAAGACAAAGACUCAAACCAGACAGACAUCUACAAACAGUAGAGUAAAGUCAUCUUACAAGCCUAUUCUGCCUUCACCUUUUCCUGCAAAGCAGAAACAGAACUCAUCAGUGUCAGGGGAAAAGGCUUCUAAGUCUGCUAGCAGUUUGAGUAACCAGGCAGAUGGUUUUGUGCUGCCAGCUGUGGAUGAAAAUACAUUUCCAAAACAGAUUAGUUUGCGUCAAACACCACAACAUCAACAAGCAGCUCGUCCACCAGGUUUGUCUAAGUCUCAGGUGAAGUUAAUGGACUUGGAAGACUGUGCUCUCUGGGAUGGGAAACCACGUACCUAUAUUACGGAAGAGCGAGCAGACAUCUCUUUGGCAACCCUGCUUACAGCUCAGGCAUCUCUUAAAAGCAAACCUAUCCACAAAAUAAUAAGACGACGAGCACCUCCUUGCAAUAAUGAUUUCUGUCGACUGGGUUGUGUAUGUGCCAGUCUAGCGCUGGAGAAACGUCAGCCUACCCACUGCCGCAGGCCAGACUGUAUGUUUGGUUGUACUUGCUUGAAGAGAAGAGUGUUGCUGGUGAAGGGAGGAUCAAAACAUAAGAAAAUGAUGAAAAAGGCUGUACGUGGAAAUCUUGUGCUGUACGGAACACAAGGACAACAGCAAGAGGAUGAAGAUGUGGAAGAAGAGGGUGAUGGGGAAGAAGAAGAGUUGAAGCAGAAAGAUAAGAAGAAGAGAAAAAGAGUGGAAUACACUAUCUGUGACUCGGAGCCAGAACAACCUGUUAGGAAUUGUCCAUUGUGGGUGAAGGUAGAAGGUGAAAUAGAUCCAGAGCCCAUUUACGUCCCAACACCAUCUGUUAUUGAACCAGUUAAAUCUACGAUACUGCCCAACCCAGAAGUCUUGCUUUCUAGUAAGAACAGAUCUUCCAGUGGAAUAAAACCAGGCAGAGUGUAUACUCCUAAACCCAAUCCAGUGAUUCGAGAGGAGGACAAGGAUCCUGUCUACGUGUACUUUGAAAGUUUGAUGACUUGUGCAAGGGUGCGAGUAUAUGAAUACAAAAGAGAGGAGAAAAAGCAGCAAAAACACAAAAGUGAUUCACAGAGUUGUAGUGUAAAGCAGGAGCAUGAACCAGAGCUUCAGUCUCCUGAGAAAGCAACCUGUGAGGUAGACAAAGACGCUAAUAAACCAAGAGAGAAAAGCUGGUGUUCUUCCCGUAGUGAGGGGGACUCUUUCUCCACCUCCUAUGUUCAUCACACCACUCAAGGUGAACCAACCAAACUUAUUGAGAUUAUCUCUGACUGCAACUUGGAGGAAGAUCACAAUAAGAUCUUGACCAUCUUAUCACAGCAUAUCAACAGUAACGUGCCACAGUGCCUCAAAGUGGGUAGCUUCUUUAUUGAAUUGGCUUCGGAACACAAGGCCCAGGAUGAGAACCACCCUCCUGUCUGCUCCUCCAGAGUGAAAAUUUCAGUGCCGUCCUACCAGGACAAGGAUGAGAAGCCUGAGAUACCUGUCUUGGAGACUCCUGAUAGCGCAGUGUCAUCAUGCAAUAACUCAGAAAAUGUAAAGGUCAUGCGGGCAGACCCAAUGGACAAACUACGGGAGAAGUUGCAUUGGGGCAAAGGCUUGCCUUUUUAUGCAGGGGUUUCUCCUGCAGGAAAACUGGUUGUCUACAAAUGCAAAGCUAAUAUGAGCCCCUCAGGCUUGAUUCAGGUUAAUGAUAAAAGGUAUCCUCAGGCCAAACUGCUUUUGGGACAGAUGGGGGCAUUGCAUCCUGCCAAUCGGCUAGCAGCUUAUAUCACAGGCAGGCUGCAGCCCACAGUACUUCAUAUCGCAGCCCUCAGUACUGUGAUCUCCAAGGUAGCAUCCAGUGCUAAAACACCUGCUUCUGGGACACCAUCAGUCCAGGGCCCCACAACAUCAACUCCUAAAACUACAUCUUCCACCAGCACUACUUCAACCCCCACUGUGACGACUCUGAAAACCCAUGUCCCAGCACAGAGACAGAUAGCUCCCCGACCCUCCCCUGGUGGUGUGUUUGCCCAGUUUGUGAUAAACAAAGCUGGAACUCUACAGCAGAAGAUUCCUGGAGCGAGCACACGCCAGCCUGCGUCAAGGCCACAGUUGCUCAGUAUCAAGCCUACACCGAUCACGGUUGUUGCUCCUGUUGUUCCUUCAACACCAUCUCCAGCUCAAUGCAUAGUCUCUCCUGGGGUCACUACAGCCACCACCACUUCUCCAGUUACUGUGGAAAGUACCAGUGUAGCAGCAUCUACUGUGACCACUCCUAGCCAGACAAAAGCUAGUGAACCUGCCUGCUCUCCUGCAAUUACAGUCACAGCUGCUCCUGCAACACCUGGAAUCAACACCUGUACUACUCCCUCAUCCACCACUUCUACUGCUACUGUAAACAUAACAAAAACAACAGGGAUUGUUGCAGCAGUAGCAACUACGUCAUUCCCUAAGACUGUAGUGACACCACCAACUAUUACUUGUCCUGUUGUCACAACAUCCACUUCUACAGUUGUACUAACAACAGCUGCAGCAGCUACACUAACUUCCUCUGCUGUCUCUGUUCCAAUGAUACUGUCAGGAGUUAAUUCAAGUCCUCCACAGAAUCCAAAAAGAGAAGAUGCUACUCCACAAGCUGCAAGUAAGACUCCCCCAAAGAUAGCUCCUGGAACAGACAAACGUGUCGGACCUCGAUUGUUGCUGAUCCCAGUGCAUCAGACACCUUCUGCUUUGCGACCGCUAAACAACACACAGCUUGCACAGAGGCAGAGAAUGGUCCUUCAGCCUCUCAGGAGCCCUGGUGCUGUAAACCUGUUCAGACACCCUAAUGGGCAGAUCAUUCAGCUUGUUCCCCUGCAGCAGGUUCGAACUGCAGGUGCCCAGCCCAGCGUGCAGCCAGUGAUGCUCCGCAAUCCAGGAUCUGUGGUAGGAAUCCGGUUGCCUGCACCUUCUAAGCCUCCUGAGUCACCUGUGUCUCCCGCUUCCUCUGUGUCUUCCACUUCUCAUGCCACAAAUUCAGCUGUACAAACUGCAGUACCCAAGUUAUCCCCUCCAUCUAACCCAGCCACUCAGACAUCUUCUCUUCUUCCUUCGGUAACAAGUUUUGUGUCGCAGUCAGGCACUCUGACUCUGAGGAUCUCUUCCUCUGCUGUUAGCAACAUCACAAAUCAAACAGCCUCUGAGUCUAAUGUAACCUGCAGCGCGGGUGGUCUGCCGGCUACCACCACUAAUUUCAUACCUUUACAGUCUGGUAGUUUUGCUUUACUUCAACUCCCAGGACAGAAGACUGUGCCAAACUCCGUUCUUCACCAUUUUGCGUCUCUUCAGAUGAAGAAGGAAUACAGGAAAAUAUGCAAGAAGGAGGACUCAGGUGCUGCUCAGCAGAAGGAGAAUGGGAAGGCUCCAUGCUCAGAUGACAUUGAAGUUACAGAGUCUGAGGUCACAGUUUCAGAUGGGAAACAAGAAGAAAAUGAGUUGUCGAUUAACCAGUUAAAUACUGCUGAAGAGUCAGCAUCUGGCACAAUCACACCUAGUGGUGAUAGAAAUUCCACUGCAUUAGAGAUGGCAGAGAACUCAAAGGUGCUAGAGAGUUCUUGUGGUGAUAGCUUUUCUUCUCAGCAUGAUGUUUCUGCAGAUGUUGUAUCAUCUGACCAUUCGUACAUCAGUGAGAAGCCAAAUGAUGAAGAAGAAAAAGGGCCUUCUGAGGAGAAAGAGGAUUCUAUCAGUUCUGAAACUGCAGUGGAGGCUGUUUCAGCUAAUUCUGAAACUGUUUGUGGGUCAUCAGAUCAGAUUUCAGUUGCUCCUCUGGAUAAUGCACAUCCACAGAGUCUUGGAAAUUGGGAGACCACCCUGUUAAAGAACCAUGGGAAUGAACAAGUAAAUGCUGAACAGGAAGAGAAACCAGUAAAAGAGCAGGAAGAAGAUGCACAGACACAGGUGAAGGAGGACAAGAAAGCAAGUUCUGGGCAGUCACAGAGUCAAUCAGAGCAAGAUACACAGCUGGAGAACGACGACAAACAAAGAGGGACUGAACUGCCCCAGAACAAACAAGAAUGUCGGGAUGAAGCUGCACAGCCAGGUAUGGAAAGGAAGGAGUACGAGGGCUCUGCAAAAGCAGAAAGCAUAGGAGAGAAAAUAGGAAGUAAAUCUGAAAUCAGUUCUGCAAAAGAGCAAGAUAACGCUUCAGGAGGAGAACAUACAGUCAAUACUGAGGAAGGCAAAGAAAACCUAGCUAGGCAGGAAUGCAGUAACAACAAAGAACAAAAUGCUUUUGAUUCUCCAGAAGAAAUAAAACCAGGUCAUGAUAUUGUAACACAUGUCAACAGUUCUUGGAGCAAAAUAUCUAGCAUUGUACCCCCUUUAGAAAAUAGAAACGAGGUGGGUAACAGAGCUGAUACAUCAGAGGAAAGUGACUUCAUGACACCACCAGAACAGACGGCACACAGAAAGUGUUACAUGCCCACUAUUGAUAUAACUGCUGAUGAUAUGGAAGAGGAUGAAGAGGAAGAUGAGGAGGAAGAAGAAGAGGAUGAAAAAACUGAUGAUUCUGCUGAUGAGAUGCUGGAUGGUGCUUCUGACUUCCCAAGUGAAGAGGAAAUAGAUGUUGAAAAAGUGGAUGUGCGUGAAUACAGAGAGGAUGACGAGCAGGUGGACAUUGAGACCGUGGAGGAGCUUUCAGAGAAGAUUAACAUUGCCCGUCUGAAGGCCACAGCUGCUAAAAUCGAACCUUCCGAACAGAAAUACCAUCCUCCUAAUUCUUCGGAUGAAACAUUAUCAGAAAAACAUACGAAGCAGAAACAUCAGACCUGGAAAAGAAAGCUGAAGUCUCAGGCAGAAGCCUUUGCUCAUUACCGCCAGACACACACAGCAAAUGAACGUCGGCGACGCAAUGAAAUGAGAGGUCUCUUUGACAAGUUAAAGAAAGUUCUGGGGUUGCAGAAUCUUCCCAAGGUCUCCAAAUGCUACAUUCUCAAGCAGGCCUUUGAAGAAAUCCAAGGCCUGACAGAUCAGGCAGAUAAGUUUAUUGCACAGAAGAGCUUACUGACACGCAGACGUGAUUGUCUGAUUCGAAAAGUAUCCACGCUUUCAGGAAAGACAGAGGAGGUUGUCCUGAAGAAACUGGAAUAUAUUUAUGCCAAACAAAAAGCAAUAGAAGCCCAAAAAAAAAAGAAAGAACCCGAGCCAGAGAAAUCUGCUGCAACCUCAACUGCUAGCACACAGCAAGAAGGAUCCUCUGCUCCCCACAGAGAGCCGACCCAGAUAGCAAUGACAAACAGAAGAGGCAAGCCAUUGAUACUUGCCAGAAGAGGAGUCCGCGCCACAGAGGACUCCUCAGCCUCUCUUACCCUAACAGCUGCAAGCGUAGUGAUGACUCCACAGGGGCAGGUGCUUACGCUGAAGAGCCCCCUGGUCCCAGGACAGGUAGCAGCUGUUCCUUCCACACUGUUGCAAGCCGAGUUAAAGCCUCGAGCUGUCGGUACUACCAUGACAGCACAACCAGGUAUUACUUCUGUGAUGAUUCAACUGCCAGGAUCAACAGUUCCUGUCCAAGUAAAAGGAAUCCUUACUAACUCUACCAUUCCCAUUACACUGUCGACCGUUCCUGGAAAUCCAGUGCCCUCAACAGCGGUAUCAGCUGCGAUGCCCCAUUCAGAAAGCGAAGAUUCAUUCAUGAUGCCAAAGAUUGUUAAUGUAACAUCACUGGCUGCUGAGGCAAGCAUGAAUCUAAACCUGAACCGAAACAAAAAUUCUAAUAUGACAACAGCUGCAGGUACUCCAGCUUCUGAGAAAUCUUUGGCUGUAGCACCUCUUGAAACUAGGAAGAGUGAUAGCAUCCUUUCAGAAGAAACAGUCAAACCAUGUCCAGGAGACAGUGGUGGAGAUGGAAGAAAUGCCACAGGUCCUACAAAAGUUUUCUUUGAAAAUAAAGAUGGCCUUCCACAACUCCGGAACAUACCACGUACAAAAGAACCUUCAGAGUCAUUCAGCAAAAAGCUCUGCAUUGGAGAGUUUGUAGGAAGCCAAGCCAGGAGGAAAGACAGUGAUCCUGGAGGAGAAAGAUUAAAAUCUAAAGAAAUGCCAUUCCGUAAGCUGCAGAUCAAAGAUUCCAGGAUAGAAAUGGAAUUGAGGAAAGUAGCAUCUGCAAUGGAGGAAGCAGACCUGGAUACAAGUGAGAUACUGAGCAGCAUUGAGGAAAGCGAUGACACUGAUGAAACCCUCACUUCGCUGCUCAAUGAGAUCGCCUUCCUCAAUCAGCAGCUGAAUGAUGAUGCUUCAGCUAUGUCAGAACUGCCCACCACUCUCAACUCAGAUUUCUCUCGUAAAGAUGCAGAAGCUCGUCGGGGAACAGCCAGUGAUCUCUCUGCUGCGGAUGGGUCUUCCUUCCAGUUUGGCCAUUUGGGAGGCAGUUUUAAGGACCUUUCUGAAGUUCCAGAGGGUGGUGGCUCUUUAAGCCCUCUCUUGCUGCAUCUGGAAGAUGAUGACCUUAGUGAUGGGGACAAGAUCUCUGGAGAGCCUUCAGCUGAAGCAGAUGUCUUAAAGAUAGUGAUAGGUGCUGAAGUGAAGAAUCCACUUUCCAAUCUCUCUGUAACCAGUGGUGGGAAUGGCAAAACUGUAACAACCUUGUCAGAUACCACUAAUGUGACUCCACCAGUUUUGCAGAUGAAGGCUAAUCCAGAAGCCAGUAAUGUUGAAACUUCAUGGAGGCCCAUGCCCAAGCUGGCACCACUGGGUUUAAAAGUGGCAAGUCUGCCAGUGGACUCAGAAGGGCAGAGUAAUAAAGUGAUGCCCUUAUUGGCACCUGUAGUUGGAAAACUGGCACCUAGUGGGGUAAAAACUUCAUUGCCUGCAACUCUUCAAGAAGGACAGGAUAACAAAGUGAUGCCCACAUUAGCACCUGUGGCUACGAAAUUGAAUACUACUGGGAUCUUGCCUUCAAAUUCAGCAGGCAAAUAAAUGAAGGGGGUUUUUUAUCAGAGACUGGAAUGGAGAUGUGGAGCAGAGUGAGCCAGUGUCAUUGUUCAGCAGCUUCCAUUGUCAGCAACACUUGUUUUCUGUAGGCAUCAACACUCUGUUCAUCUGAGGGGCAGGCCCCAAACUGAGAGAUAAGUAUUAUGAAACUUCAGCAUGUUGACAUAUUUUUACCUCACUGUUUUAUUCUGGGUGUUCUCCUUCCCCUUCUCAAAACAAAUAAGAUGAUCUAUAACGAUUGCUGGGCACAUGGUAUCCUCCCAAAAUUGGAUCCUUCACAGAAAUAGUUUUUCAAAGGACUUAGAAACUGAGGCUGUUGAAAGAGAUUUUUUUUUUUCUCUCCUCAGUAGGGAGGCAGCUGACUUGUUGGGGAAAGAAAUCUGGAUUACAUGUUUUUAUACCAUGUAAAUUAUCUAUGCAGAAAUGGCAUUGUUCACAUUUGGUGGUUUUAGUAUUUGCAGAAUAUGAUAAAGGUGCAGAAAUCAGGUUGCAGUUACUCUUGAAGUUGUUAAGCGGAAGGGAAAUCAGACUGUGCAGACGGCUGAAGUAAGUGCAAAGGAUUUUUUUCUUUGGUGCUAGAUAGUUCUCUAGCAGAUAUUAGUUUUAGGAGCUUAUGCACAGAAAAUUUUAAUAAAUGUCUGACUCUCACUGCUUGGGGAAGAAAAAUAUAUUUCCCAGUGUAAUUAGAAGUAGGACAGUAUGUUAACUUUAAUAAAACUGUCCUCGCUUUCACCUCCUGCUCCCAGACAAGUACUCCCUCCUUUGAUGGACAUCUGUAAGGAAAAAUUACAGAGAGUUGAAAGCAAAUGUGGACACUCCAUUGCUACGUCUUUAAAUACAAUGCUGAAGUAGCUUGAGUGUUUUCCCAGUUCCUAGUUUUUUUCCUUCUGUCAUUCUUCAAGAUGUAUGUGGUGGCCAGGAGUGUUGAUGCCAAGUGUUGCUUUGGAAAAAUACAGAACACUUUCAGGACUGUUGUAGCCUAGCAUAAGUGAGCAAGGUGUAUAUGUGAAUGUAUAUAUGAAAAUAUGUGUACAGCUUUUCAAACCUUUCAUUUCUUUAUGAAUUCAGGAAAGGUACUCAGAGGUUUCUCACUGCAUUUGCACAAGCUGUGUAUAGCAAAAAA